AUGCAUCUCGUACAACAUCUUCGACGAUUGGCAGAACUACGCGAAAGGUUUGCCAGUCGCAAUGGAAACAUAGGACGCCCAAGAAUAUUUCGAAAUAGAGACGACGUGUUGGAUACUCUAAACGACAAUGAAUUCUUACAGAGAUACAGGAUGACGAGGCUCAUGUUCUAUGACCUUCUUGGGCAAAUUCGUGAUAACAUUGAACAUAAUACAAAACAAAAUCAUGCACUUACAGCAGCUCAGCAGUUACUCAUUGAGUUACGCUUCUUAGCAAGCGGCUCAUUCCAACAAGUUAUAGCCAACACGAUUAAAGUAAAUAAGAGUACUGUAUGCCGAACCAUUACAAGGGUUACCAAUGCGUUACUCAAUUUACAAAAUUCAUUUAUUUAUUGGCCUUCCGAACAAGAAUGUGCUCGAACUUCUUCAAUCAUAUACCAAUCAACCAAGUUUCCCUGUGUGGAAGGAUUUGUAGAUGGUACGCAUGUGCAAAUAGUAAAAAAGCACACAUCCAUGAACAGGUGUAUGUAAACAGAAAAGAUAUUCAUUCCAUCAACAUACAAAUUUGCGGAAAUGGAGAUAUGACCAUAAUAGACGACGUUGUAGCAAAGUGGGAUCAGUAAAUGAUGCAAGAAUUCUUCUAAACUCCUCGCUGUAUGAGAAGUUCACGGAGCAAGUUUUACCAUAUUUGCCAAAUGGAAUAAUUCUUGGCGACGCUGGGUAUCCUUUGCUUGAAUGGCUCCUCGUACCUUAUGUUGACCAUCCGGGUAUGACAGAGGGAGAACGGCGCUUUAACAAGGCCCAUAAAUCGGCUCCAUGUGUUAUUGAACAAAUAAUCGGCAUUUUAAAGAGACGGAGGGCAUGCUUAAAAGAACUACAUUUACGUCCAGAAAAAUGCUGCAAAAUAGUUAUUGUAUGUUGUAUUCUGCACAAUUAUUGUCGUCAUAUUCCAUUGAACGAAGAUGAGCUAAACGUUGCGGUUGAUCAUGAGCGUGAUGACGAAGAUUAUAAUGAAACAGGGAAGGUUGCAAAAAACGCAAUGAUUUUGUGA